CCACACGACCACCGCCCCCGCAUCCACCGCAGCACCGCCCACGCCCACGGCUGCCGCACAAUUGGCCCCGGCCAUGCUCCACGCAACACGACGAUAGACGACGCCCUCACCUGCCGCCCGUCACGCCCGCCCGCCGCUGCAUCACCGCCUCGACGCCCGCCCACGCACCGCCAGCCGCCGCCAUGGUCAAGUUCUACUCGUCGCAGGAGACGUACCCCUACUCGUUCCCCGCCGUCACCCUCGCCUACUUCCUGCGCUACCCCAACCCCUACGCCACCCAUGUCCUGUCCACCGACACCAUCGCCCGCUCCUUCGACCCGGACACCCAGCGCCUGACCACCAUCCGCCUGCACCUCAAGCGCUCCAAGCUGCCCGUCGCCGUCACCCGCCUGCUGCCCAAGUCGCUGCUCGGCGCCUCGGCCUCGGGCGACACCCAGACCUACAUCCUCGAGAAGAGCGUCGUCGACGUGCGAGAGGGCUGGAUGGACACCGAGUCGCGCAACCUCGAGUGGACCGGCGUGCUCUCCGUCAUCGAGCGCCAGUGCUUCAAGCGCCCGGAGCUGCCCGACGAGGCCAAGGUCUUCCGCGGCAUGGAGGGCGCCGCCCGCCGCCACGGCUUCCUCUCCUUCGCCAAGGACGGCAAGGGCCUCAGGGUCGAGGACACCGGCGAGAGCACCGACGUCACCUCGUCGGUCACGCUGCACUCGCACAUCGGCGAGGCCUGGAAGCGCAAGCGCGAGGCCGCCAGCGAGGCCGCCAACUCCGCUGCCGACGAGGAGCCGCCGAAGAUGGGCUUCCUGCGCAGCUGGGGCACCGCCACGCUGCAGCGCCAGAUCGAGAAGAUUGGCCUGACGCGCGCCCAGCGCAGCCAGCCCAACGCAAAGGAGGGCAUGAAGGUCGUGCUGGAGCGCAUGCGCGAGGGCGGCCUGGUCGGCGUGCUCGAGGGCAUGCGCCAGGACCGCGAGGCCAUUCUCGCCGGCCGCUCGCUGCUCGCGCCCCUCGCCAAGUCCCCCAACGACGACGACCACUGAAAAGUUGAUGAGCAAUUGGCACAUGUGUAGGAUGAUUUCUGUUUGUAUUUCUGCCUCGGCAACAUUUAGCGACGGCGCACUGGUUUCUUCCCUCUUCUGUGUCCACUCGCUGGACUCUGUUUUACCACGCUUCUCUCGUGUCCCCGGUUUCCGCUGUAACAUAUCCGCCGACACGCGGCCCGAAAAUGUACACUACAAAACAUUCCAUAACCAUAAAUAUAUGCGUAUCGUAUUC